UACAAGAAGACUACCUGGGUCCUGGGAGAUUGUUAAAGAAUCAGUGGGUUUUGCCCGAAGUCUUAAUUGUUACUCUAUAUUUGGUUUAUCAUUCGAUGUAUGGUUGCCUCUACAUGGAGUAAUUGUUUCAUUAUAAAAUUCCUCUCGUUUGCCGUGGUUGGUCGCGCGCUUUUCGUAGACUACACUUUGAAAAUAUCGAAAACGAUGCCUAAAAAAUAAGGAGGUUCUAAUCUUGGCGCUUCAGCAAUCGAGCAUCCAAGACACAGGCAAGAACAUCCCCAGAUUGUAAACCAAGGCAUGGCUGGUUCAAGUGACAACAGUGCCACCAAUAUCAUAAUGAACCAUGACUUCUCUGGAGGAUUGCAUUCUUGGCACCCAAAUUGCUGUGAUUACUUUGUGGUUUCGACAGAGUUAGGUCACCCAGGAUUCUUAAAAAAGCCAGGUGGUAAUUAUGCAGUUGUCUCAAAUCGAAAAGAAUGCUGGCAGGGCUUGGAGCAAGAUAUCACGAACAUGGUUUCUCCAGGUUCCACUUAUUAUGUUUCUGCAUGUGUUGGGGUAUCAGGACCUAUUCAGGGACUGACUGAUGUCCUAGCAACUUUGAGACUGGAAUAUCGGGAUUCACCAAUUGGCUAUUUGUUCAUUGGAAAAAUUUCUGUGUCGAAGGAGAGGUGGGAAAAGUUGGAAGGAACAUUCUCCCUGUCAACCAUGCCUGACCGCAUUGUUUUUUUCUUGGAAGGCCCUUCUCCUGGAGUGGACUUGCUUAUACAAUCAGUAGUUAUUACCUGCUCCAGUCCAAGUGACUUAGGCGAUACAAGCAAUCGAUGCCACAAUACUGGAGUUAGAGAUGAGAACAUCAUUUUAAAUCCCAAAUUUGAGGAUGGCCUGAAUAACUGGUCAGGAAGAGGCUGCAAGAUUGUCUUGCAUGAUUCGAUGGCUGAUGGGAAAAUUGUCCCCCAGUAUGGAAAAGUUUUUGCAUCUGCAACUGAACGUACCCAGAGCUGGAACGGAAUCCAGCAGGACAUAACUGGAAGAGUGCAGAGAAAGCUAGCUUAUGAGGCUGUUGCUGUAGUUCGGAUAUUUGGUAACAAUGUUACCAGUGCUGUUGUGCAGGCUACUUUAUGGGUCCAAACGCCAGAUCUCCGAGAACAAUAUAUAGGCAUUGCCAAUCUGCAGGCAACAGAUAAGGACUGGGUACAGUUACAGGGAAAGUUCCUUCUAAAUGUUAACCCUAAAAGGGUUGUAAUUUACAUAGAAGGUCCACCUGCAGGCACUGAUAUUCUUGUCAAUAGUUUUGUUGUAAAGCAUGCUGAGAAAAUACCUCCCUCACCUCCUCCAGCAAUUGAGAAUCCUGCUUAUGGAGUUAAUAUAAUUCAGAACAGUAAUUUGAGUGAUGGAACCAAUGGGUGGUUUCCUCUUGGUAAUUGCACUCUCGGUGUUGCAACUGGUUCCCCGCACAUACUUCCACCAAUGGCAAGGGACUCCCUUGGACAUCAUGAACCAUUAAGCGGUUGCUGCAUCCUUGCCAGUAAACGCACAGAGACUUGGAUGGGCCCUGCACAGAUAAUCACAAAUAAUAUCAAACUCUUCUUGACAUACCAGGUAUCUGCUUGGGUUAAGAUUGGUUAUGGAGCAACUGGUCCUCAAAAUGUGAAUGUUGCACUUGGAGUGGAUAACCAAUGGGUCAAUGGGGGAGAAGUUGAGAUUAGCAAUGAAAGAUGGCAUGAAAUUGGUGGGUCAUUCAGAAUUGAAAAGCAGCCGUCUAAGGUCAUGGUUUAUGUGCAAGGUCCUGCUCCAGGUGUUGACUUCAAGGUUGCUGGACUUCAAAUUUUCCCUGUUGACCGAGAGGCACGAUUUAAACAUUUGAGAAGGCAGACUGACAAGAUCCGUAAGCGCGAUGUCACCCUGAAAUUCUCAGGUGUGGAUUCUAGCGGUACCUUCGUUAAAGUCAGACAAACACAAAACACUUUCCCCUUCGGUUCUUGUAUGAGCAGGUCAAACAUAGAUAAUGAAGAUUUUGUUAGAUUCUUUGUGAAAAAUUUUAACUGGGCUGUGUUUGGAAAUGAAUUGAAAUGGUAUUGGACCGAAGCACAGCAAGGACACUUCAACUACAGAGAUGCUGAUGAGAUGUUGGACAUGUGCAUUAAAAACAACAUAGAAACCCGGGGUCAUUGUAUCUUCUGGGAAGUCGAAGACACAGUCCAGUCAUGGGUUAAAGCUCUGAACAAAAAUGACUUGAAGAAAGCUGUUCAAAAUCGUCUAACUGGCCUACUCACUCGGUACAAGGGAAAAUUCAGGCAUUAUGACAUGAACAAUGAGAUGUUGCAUGGAUCUUUCUAUCAAGAUCAGUUGGGCAAAGAUAUCCGUGCAAACAUGUUCAAGAUUGCCAAUCAGAUAGAUCCAUCCGCUACCCUUUUUGUAAAUGAUUAUCAUGUUGAGGAUGGAAAUGACACCAGAUCAUCUCCAGAAAAGUAUAUAGCACAGAUUCUUGAUUUGCAAGAACAAGGUGCUCCCGUUGGAGGAAUUGGAAUUCAAGGACAUAUAGAUAGUCCUGUUGGGCCUAUUGUCUGUUCUGCUCUUGAUAAAUUGGGUAUUCUUGGUCUUCCAAUCUGGUUUACAGAGCUUGAUGUAUCUUCCAUUAAUGAAUAUGUUAGAGGGGAUGAUUUGGAAGUCAUGCUUCGAGAGGCUUAUGCUCAUCCUGCAGUGGAAGGCAUUAUGCUCUGGGGAUCUUGCGAGUUGUUCAUGAGCCGAGACAAUGCUCACUUGGUUAAUGCAGAAGGUGAACUCAAUGAAGCUGGUAAAAGAUACCUUGCUCUUAAAGAAGAGUGGCUGACUGGUGCUCGUGGGCAUAUUAAUGAGCAAGGAGAAUUCACAUUUAGAGGAUUUCAUGGGACAUAUAAGGUGGAAAUUGCUACUCUUUGCAAGAAGAUUACAAAAACAUUUGUUGUUGAUAAGGGAGACACUCCUCUGGUGGUAUCCAUAGAAUUGAAGUAAGUUCUCAAAUAUCAAGUGAUUGCUGAUGAACAAACUAAAAAUUUAAUAACGUUUUUGUGUAAAUAAAUUGAAAUAUAUUCAAGCAAGAUCGUUCAUAACGUUCGUAUAAAAGGAAUAAAAGUUCAAUGCUUGGUUGUGA